AUGUUUGUCGAUUUGGGUGUGAUGGAAGUGUUGGUGCUUGGGCGUGUGGGCGCGUGCUGGAGUGGGGUCAGAGGUGGGCAUGCCCGAGGUGGGUGUGGAGGAAACAGGCCUCCACGGAUAUUUGCAGGAGGGGCCGACGAGACGAGACAAACGUCGAGCCAAUGGCCGACAGGAGCCGGGCCGGACUCGAGCCCAGGAUUAGGCGUCGGGGGUAGGGGCGGAUGGCGGUGGAAAGGGUGCCAGGACACACGGAGCGACUGUUGGCCUGACAGGACGAACCGGGAUUCGGGUUGUCGCUUCAAGUCAUGCGUGAAGCGAUGGGCUAAUCCGCGAGGCCGCGAGGCCGCAAGCCACGAUGAUUAUACGUGUUGCUUCUGUUUGCCCACAAUCACGCCAGUCGAGCCGACGUUGCCGAGAGCUGUUCUCGUCCCGGUUGAAGUGGACUGCCGGGACUCGAACCAUGACGCCACCGCGUGUAAACACGACAUGCUAGCCACUCGGCCACAGCGCCACGAGUUCGGUUGGCCCACAGGUUGGAUGUGGACGCCAGGAAAGGACAUUUGUCAUAUUUCCCACUAUCAGUAA